AUGGCUACGCACACCCUCCACUUCGCUCCAUCUCCUCUGCUCCCUCCCACCAAACCAAACCUCAGCAGCAAAUUCCCUUCUUCUGGAUUCAACUACAGACCUGAGAGAUCCUUCAAAUCCGUCGCGGUUCGAUCAUACAAAGUGGUGAUUGAACAUCAGGGCGAGUCCACGGAGCUUGAAGUCGAGCCAGACGAGACCAUACUAUCCAAGGCACUGGACUCCGGUUUAUCCGUGCCUCAUGACUGCAAGCUCGGAGUGUGCAUGACUUGCCCUGCGAAGAUAGUCAGCGGCUCAGUCGAUCAGAGUGACGGCAUGCUCAGUGACGACGUGGUGGAGCGCGGCUACGCGUUGCUCUGUGCCGCAUACCCGACUUCGGAUUGCCACAUUAGAACCAUUCCCGAAGAAGAUUUGCUGGCGCUGCAGCUCGCAACGGCUAAUGACUGA